AUGUUCGAUUCAUUGGACAAAUUUGACUUGGAUUCCAUAGCUGAAUAUGUGCGACGGCUCCAGAACGAUGAUGGCAGUUUUGGUGGUGAUGUGUCGAAUGAAGUGGAUACGAGGUUUUCCUUCUGUGCCGUCGCCACCCUCUUCCUCAUUGAUAGACUACACGUAAUUGAUCUCGAUAAGGCUGUUCGGUAUGUCCUAAGCUGCUACAAUUUCGACGGUGGCUUUGGCACAAGACCAGGAUCAGAGAGUCAUGCUGGGCAGGUUUAUUGUUGUCUUGGAACUUUGUGCAUUGCUCGACGACUUGAGUCGAUUGAUAGAGAUAGAACUGCCGAGUGGCUCGCUCAACGACAGUGCGCCAGUGGUGGAUUGAAUGGACGCCCUGAAAAACUACCUGAUGUGUGCUACUCGUGGUGGGUUCUUGCCUCGUUGGCCAUGCUCGGUCGUUUGGAUUGGGUUGAUAAGGCUGCUAUGGUCAAAUUCAUUUACGCCUGCCAAGAUGAUGAGACGGGUGGCUUCGCAGAUCGACCAGGCGAUUGUCCGGAUCCAUUCCAUACGUUAUUUGGCAUCGCAGGCCUGUCACUACUGGGUGACGACAGGUUUGCGUCCUGUAGAUGCGGUACUCUGUAUGCCUAA